GGUUAUGGAGGAAAGCUGCCCUGGCUCUGUUGCUUGAGCCCGACGAAAUGAAUCGAUGGAAGCGAAGCAUGCAUCCGCAAGCACAAUCCCGGUAAGUGCGAGGAAGUGUGUGUGAGUGUGUGUGUGAGAGAGAGAGAGUGUGUGUGAGAUUGUUGUGAAUUUGGGAGUGUGUGUUCCCUAAGUUGCUAUUCUGAGACUGUGAGGGCGCAUGACUGGCGACUCGGGAUGUGGCUGUCAGGGCACCCGACGGCCCUGUGGGUGCCGUCGAUCAAUUGCGUGCUGCGAGGCUGCUGAAGCUGCUGCUGCUGCAGGAGUUGACUACGGAUCCCCAUUAACUGCAGCUGCUCUGCUGCUACUCCUACAACUACUACUGCCCAGCCCUGCCGGGCAGAAGGGCCCUAGAGGAGGUUAUAAACACCGCAACCAGCCCGGCUUCUUUAUGUGACUGGUACACGCACAAUUCUGCAUUGUCGCUUUGCCACGAUCCCUGUGGAAAGAAAGCUCCUCUGUCAAGAGGGUUCUGGGGUCUGUGUGCCUUCAUUGCACCACGUUCAAGCACAAGCGCGUCGUAGUACCUUCUCUCUCUCUCACUCUCUCUCAUGCUCUCUCUCUCUCUCUCAUCCAAUUCUCUGGUACGCCUGACUCACCCCGCGUCGUGUCGCCCGCUUUUUGCCGCUCCCCCUUCGCGGAUGCCUCCGUGUGAUAAUACACCACAUAUCGAUUACUUUGGGUUUCAGGCAUUUUCUAGGUUGUUGUGAAGAGAGCGGUUGGUUGGACAACAUCACAGGGUUCGAGGCACAGCUUGCAGGUGACACAGCCAGAAAUCGCAUGAGCGAGGUGGGGUCGUUCUUUUCGGCUGUCCAGCUUGUGUAGACCUUCGUGGGCACUUGGUAGGAAUUUUGUGGGAGCCGAGGCUCUGCAUUUCUUUUUGGGGUAGUGAAGUUGUGUGAUUGGGUAGUUGAGAACCAUGGGUAGGGCUCCAUGCUGCGAUGAGAAGCUAUCCCUGAAGAAGGGGCCGUGGACACCUGAUGAGGAUCAGAAGCUGGUGGCUUACAUUCAGGAACACGGUCAUGGAAGCUGGCGCGCACUCCCUGAGAAAGCUGGGCUUGCGAGGUGCGGCAAGAGCUGUAGGCUGCGGUGGACGAACUAUCUGAGACCUGACAUCAAGCGAGGACGAUUCUCUCACGAGGAGGACCAGAUGAUUAUCCAGCUUCACGCCAUUUUGGGCAACAGAUGGUCAGCAAUCGCGGGCCACCUGCCCCAGCGAACAGACAACGAGAUAAAAAAUUAUUGGAACACGCAUUUGAAGAAACGCUUGGCACACAGGGGAAUCGACCCCGUCAGCCACAAAACAAGCAGCGCGGGGCUGGCGCUUGCGUCCUCAUGGAGACCCUUGGUGUCGACCCAGCUCACUCACACCACCCAGUGGGACUGUGCUCUAGCGGAGGCGGAAGCACGGCUCUCCAAGACAUCCUCAAUCAAGCUCUUGUCCAAGGAAUCCGACACGACGCCAGCUGCAACACACCCCUCCGCCUACUUCAUGCGCUCCUGGAAAACGGGGGUGGAAGAUACACUCAAGCCUCAGUUCGGGCCAGUGAAGCUCGAAUCCUUCUCCUCUGUGAGGAUCAACUGCUCAACUCCCAUUCCCAAGCCUGUCAGUCGACCGUCUAAGAUUCUACAAGACUGGGACUCCGUUCUCGGUCCUCGCCACGACCUGCCCAACCCGUUUUGGCAAAAUUCGGGAGCACUCGCACUGACCCACGCCUUGAAGCAAUUUUCGGUGGGGAGAAUGAACAGUUUUCGGGUAGAGCCCGCAGCACCCCCGCAGGCCAGGUCGAACUCGUUCGGUGCCUCGGGUGAAGCGAUGUCGUCGUCCUUAGCGGAGAUAAUGUUCACAGGGAUUGAUCAUCAAAGGAGUCCGGAUUCAACUCCCGGAUUCCCAGCGGCCGCAGAGGCGGCACGGUCAGACGGCUUUGACCUGGACGACGGUGUGGCACCCGAGGACUACUUCUCCCCCAACAGCACCCUGCACGGGCCUGACUCCGAUCUCACGCCUUCCGAUUCCGGCAGUCCAUGCGGCAGCGCUGACGAAUCCACAUCCGACUACUUUGAGUUCGCUCUGCACCAGCAGCAUGGCUUCUUCCACAGCUUCCCACCCCUCCCUGGGGGCGCCGAUCACCAGGACGAGUCUCCCAUGUCCACUAUCCCGGACACAUUUUGGCACGAGGACCAGCAUGAUUCCGGCAGGUUGCAGAUCCACAACGUCGCCCCGGAUGGAGUUGUUCCGGAAUCAGGUGGUUUGGAGUUAAUCAUCCCCAUGGACUUCAGCACCGCCGAAUUCUCCCAUCAGUUUGAGUCCUUGUGUCAGGAGGUGGAGGAGGAGGAGCCCAUGCAGCAAGACCCUGCAGUCUGCGACAACAUCCCUUGAAUGUGUCAGUUUCUGUUUCCCCCUAAUAAAACAAUAAUUAAAAACCAACGUAGACAUAUGAUUUCUAAAGUGUUACAGAGCUCAGCAUGCAUUUCUCCCUCGAAAGCCUGAGCUGCGGCAGACUGGCCAGGCUGGGGUCACAUGCAAAAGCUGCGUCGAAUUUUUUUUGUAGAACAACCUUCAUAUCCCGUUCAGCGGGAACUGUAGUAGACGACGCCGAGAUUCUCCAUCGCAUGCAAAUGCACCCAAUUGUAAUUACUUUUCUCAGCCAUGGAGUCUUCGGUCGAAUUCCUUAGACGGAAAAAAAUAAAAAUAAAAAUAAAAAUCAUAACCCAACGUUGCCAAACCA